AUCUUAAUUAUGAUAUGCUUGGUUCACCGAAUUACAUGUUUGGUAUAUAUGAUGCACGAACAGCAAACAAUAAUACACCAGCUCAUGCUCUUCCAGGAAGUCAUAAAAUAACAAAUCUCUAUCGUGAAUGGUUCAUCCGACAAAAUUUACCAUGGAAUAACACUGACUUUAGUGGUCGAAGUGAUUAUGGUCCAUUUUUAGCUAAAGGAAUUGUUGCUGGUGGAUUAUUUUCUGGUGCAGAUGAUAUGAAAUCGCUUGACGAACGUAAUUAUUAUGAUAAAAUGCUUGGUCAAGGAUUGGGUGGUAUUGCGGGUGCUAUUCAUGAUCCAUGCUAUCAUCGAGCUUGUGAUUCCAUUCAAAAUAUAAAUGUAUUUGCAUUUGAAAAGAUGGUACAAGCAGCUGCUUAUGUUUUAGAAUAUUUAGCUCGACAAGAUGAUUUGCAAAAAUGGCUUUAUCCAGAAGGUAGAUCAUUGGGUGUAAAAAAUCAACAAUCACAACGAAAGUAUAAUUCUAUAAAUGAAUAUUUUGGAUUACCUUACUCGUGA